AAGAAUAAGAGGAAUACUUCUAACAAUUGUUGGAAUAUUCCAAACAGUAGGUGGAAUAGCAUUAUUUGCUACUGGACCAUAUGUAUCUUACGAAUGGACGUGUUAUAUUGGUCUAAUUAUGAGUGUUGUUUUUACACUCUGUAUAUUAUUUAUACCAGAAACACCGAUUUUCUAUGCACUGCAAGAUAACGAUGAAGAUUUAAAAAAAGUAUUACAAGACUUGGACAGAAUGGACGAUAUGGACGAACUGUUAGAGACGAAAGAGGAGCUAAAAACGAGGGACACCAAAAGGGAGUGGAAAGACCUUUUUUCCAUUAGAAGCAACAGAAAAGCCUUGUUUGUGGUCGUAGUUAUAAACAUUUUGCAACACGGCAGCGGGGUUAUGGCUGUGUUAUUUUUUUCAGCAGCUAUAUUCGAUAUGGCUGGAUCGUCUAUACCAUCGAGUCUAGCUAUGAUCAUCAUUGGAUGUUUCCAGCUAUCAGGAAGUUGCGUAACGCCGAUAUUUGUCGAAAGAGUCGGAAGGAGGAUCAUUUUGAUAACUUCCAGUACGAUAUGUUGCUUGAGUAUGUUCACACUUGGUUUAUACUUCUACCUUGACUACAUUGAGAAUCCUGUGAUAAUUCACAUAAAGUGGUUACCACUAGUUGUACUAAUACUGUUCUAUGUAGGCUACGAUUCUGGUCUCGGCAUAAUACCAAACGCCAUAAUAGGAGAGAUGUUCACGAGCAAUGUUAGGAGCAAAGGCUCAAGCGUGACCAUGACCACGUCGUGGCUGUUCGGGUUCGCUGUAUCAACUGCUUUUGGUGCGCUGUUGGAGGCUGUUGGUGGUCACGUGGCCUUCUGGUUCUUCUCCGCCACGUGUGCGGUAGCAGCGCUGUUCACCAUAUUCUUUAUACCAGAGACUAAGGGAAAGUCUUUGUUGGAGAUCCAAAAGGCUUUGUGA